AAUAAUGUAUAUAUAUAUAUAUAUAUAUUAUGUACUUAGUAUUAUACAUCUUUGGGUAUUUCUUAGUUAAUCAUUCAUAUAUAAUUCCAUACAUGUAGUUUAAUUAUUUUAAAAGUUUUAAAUAUAUGGUACAUACUAGUUGCAAGUGCAGAAAAAAAAUAAAUUGAUGAUCCUACAAGAUUUGAUGGAACAGUGUUCAAAAUACAUAGUACUUCCAAAGCAUUUUAAUGAUCUGAUGAAUAAUAACUGUAUAAGGAAAAAGGACUUUUACAAAGCAACAAAAAACUUCAAAAACUUUCUUAGUAAUUCUAUAUUAUCCAUAUCACAAAUAGAGAAACUACAUCAACAAUACAAUAUUAUUCUCAGCAAUUAUCAACGGAGUAGAUGUAUGUUAGACUUGGAAUUACCAAAACUGAUAAACAUGCGUUUAAUGGCACUUUGCGAAGGCUUUGAAAAAAUUACAAAAGUUUUUGACAACAAGGAUGGCGAUAAUGAAAUUGUAGCGUUAUUUAAAUUAAUUGGAGAAAAACUUUAUAUAAAGGAUUCAAAUACAGCAAUAUCCCAUGUCGAAGAUUCAUCCAAACCCAAAUUGUGCCAAAAAUGUAAAAUAAACUAUGUACAUGAGAAAUAAAUAAAAAAAUAGAUGACUUAUUCUUCUAUUGCUUUUGGUUCUCUGACUAAGAAAUAUAUAUAUGUAUACAUUAUAUGUAUAUAAU